AUGGACGACCGAACAGUUGACCUCAUCUUCACCGGCUCACUGAAGUUGCUGCCACCGGUCAGCUCUAAGAUAGUAAGAAUAUUCACCAGUUCUACAUUUACAGACACAACCAUGGAAAGGAACACAUUGAUGGCCAAGUGCUACCCGCGGAUCAAGGACUACUGUCGAGAGAAACAUGGCUUGGAGUUUCAGGUAGUGGACAUGCGCUGGGGAGUCCGAGACGAGGCCACGGAUGAUCACAUGACUACCGAACUUUGCAUGCGGGAGAUUAAGAACUGUCAAAGACUUUCAAUGGGGCCAAACUUCGUCGUGUUUCUGGGACAAAAGUAUGGUUACAGGCCAAUACCAACCUACGUGCUAUCUUCUGAGCUCCAAAUGCUGAGAGACGAGCUAGCAGCUGGUGGAGUCGAUGUUAUUUUGCUUGAUACUUGGUAUAAGAAAGAUUCGAAUGCUGUGCCACCCGUGUCAGUUUUGCAACCAAUUUCUUCUAUACUCGUCAAUUUUAACAAUAAGAGAGUACCAAAGUUACAAGCCGAGGACCAAGCGAUUUGGUGGGACACGCUCGGAAAAAUGCAAAAACUGUUCCGCAAAGCUUCACAGCAGUUAUACAACGCUGGCAAAAUCGAUAAGGACACCAUGCAUAACUAUUUUAUGUCAGUUACUGAACGUGAAGUUAUCAACGGAAUUCUUAACGUUAAGAACACAAAAAACCACUGUCUCGCAUACGUUAGAUACAUCAACAAUAUAAACCUUCAGAAUCUAAAGAAAGCCGGCAACUUCGUGGACAUUCUUAACAGGAGCUUGGAUGCGGAAGCUUCCAAACUAUUGGCUGAUCUGAGAGAUGUGAGACUACCAGAAAAAAUCGAAACAACAAACAUUCAGAAGUAUACUGUUGAAUGGAUUGGUCGCGAUGGACUUGACACGGAAACUCAUGGGGAAUAUCUCAACCACUUUAUAUCACACUUCUACAAAAAUAUUAUCAAGCUCGUUGACAGAGCAAUGCGCAAAGAAGACAGUAGUGCUCAAGGGCAAAUUGUUACGGAGAUCCUACAACAUUUGCAUGCUUGUAAUAACUCUGUUAAAGUAUUCCACGGCAGAGAAGAUGAUCUUAUAUUUAUUGAGAAUUACAUGAAGAACAACUCCGAUAAGCCCCUGGUUCUGUAUGGAGAAGGUGGCUGUGGCAAAACGAGUCUCUUAGCGAAGAGUUCAGCAAUGUCACUGGAAACAUGGUUUGCUGAAGUGCGACCCAUAAACGUAAUCAGGUUUCUAGGAACUACUCCUGACUCCAGUGCUCUUACACCUACUUUGGUCUCUAUCUGCCAGCAGAUAUCAUAUAACUUUGCAUUACCCUUCGAGAGUAUACCAGACGAUUUAGUACCUUUGACAGCACAUUUUAAGCAGUUGUUGGCAACGGCCACUCAGCAGCAACCACUUAUCUUGUUUCUGGACUCCGUAGACCAGCUCACAGGAAUUGGCACUGAAAAUAAUAAAGUUUCAUGGCUUCCAUCAAGGCUGCCUCCACAUUGUAAGAUCAUUGUCACAUGUGCUUGCGAAGAAGCAAAUCCAGAAGUAUCAAAAGAGUAUGACGUACUUCGCCGUAUGAUAGAUUCCGAGGAAAACUUUCUGGAAGUGAAGUCACUGGGAGAAGAUCUCGCUAUGCAGGUUCUAAAGCUGUGGAUGGCAUCAGCUGCCAGGGACCUAUCAAAUUACCAAUGGAGAUUAGUUUCUAACGCAAUUGGCCAGUGCUCUUUGCCGAUCUUCGUCAAAUUAGUUUUUGCUGAGGUAUGUAGGUGGAGGAGCUAUACAAAACCUCAAGAUACUCACCUUGCCUCCACCGUUAUGGAUUCCAUAAUGAUGUUGUUCGAACGAAUAGAAAAACAGCACGGGCGACUCUUAGUCUUUCACGCGUUAGCUUACAUAACAGCAGCUCGAAGUGGUCUUUCUGAGACUGAACUAGAAGACCUAAUUUCACUAGACGACAAAGUCCUUGAUGACGUCUAUCAAUACCACUUGCCACCAGUGAGAAGGAUUCCCCCAUUGCUAUGGACCAGAAUACGCAAUGACCUGCCUAAUUACUUAUCCGAACGUGAAGCCGAUGGGGUAUCCGUUAUGAACUGGUAUCACAGGCAAUUCAGGGAUACGGCUCGUGAGCGAUACUUCAAGAAUAUGAACAUGGCUAUGUACUUCCAUUCUAUGAUAGCUGAUUAUUACUUAGGUAUUUGGGGAGGAGGUAUACCCAAACCGUUUAAGUAUACGGAGAUCCAACGUCACCGAUUCAACUUGGCCGACAAGGAAGGUGUUGCUGACAGGAAGGUUCCUUUACAACCGCUUGUAUUUACUUCAGCGGAUGGUUCUUCAAAGAGAUAUAAUCUGAGAAAGUUUGGUGAGCUGCCUUUUCAUCUUGUUCGAUCUAAACGAUUUGCGGAUCUUUACGCGGAAGUAUUAUUCAACUACGAAUGGCUACAUGCAAAGUUAAACUGCUGUCCCCUGCAGGCUGUUUUGGCAGAUUUUGAAGAUGCUAAACUUCACGUCAACAAAGAUGCUGUAAGAGAACUGAUGCUAGUAGCAGAUGCUCUUCGCUUGGGUGGAGCUAUUUUAGGUGCAUACCCUGAUAUGUUGGCGCCCCAAUUGGUCGGCAGACUUUUACCAGAAGCACCCCAUAAUCCUGCUGUCGCUUCACUUCUAAAGCAGUGUCACGGUGUUGGAAAGAAUCAUUGUGCGUUGUUGCCUUCCCACCAUUGCUUGCAUACUCCAGGAGGACCAUUGAAGUACUCCUUGGAAGGUCAUCAGUUUGCUGUAUUCGCUUUCCGAUUAAGCUCAGACAAACGGUAUGUCGUAUCAAUCUCAAGCCGUGUUAUCUCCUGGGACUUGUCUACGUCAGACCUGGCGAGGGAUUUAUGCCCACAACUGGAGGGAAUCAUGCAGAAUUUAGAACUAUCGCCGGAUAAUAAGUGGGCAGCAGCUUCUACUAAUAACUCAGUGUCGAUGCUACUGAACAUGUUGACCAGCGAGUAUAUCACGAUCGAGAAUCCAUUGGAUGAGGGUGAAACGGUCCGAGGUGUAUACGUCCUGAACCACCACAUGUUUAUCUACGGCCCUCACUCCUGGGUGCAGUACAGUAUGAGAGGCGAGCACGAGCAGACUUUAUCAGCACCAGACACUUCACCGUAUGAUGACGUCACUUGGGAGAUUCUAUCAAUGGAGUUCAGAGAUUUAGAGAACUUCUUCCUAGUGAUGUGGAGCGGUGAUCUCGACGACGAUAGACUAUUGGUACAUUUUUGCAAAAAUGGUACCUGGAUGCAACCGCUGCGAUGCAGAGGUGCUCUAGCUCUGGACAAGAAAUGGACUAAGAUAUACAGCAGUGACCCUGAUAGGGGAUAUCAGAUUUCUGUUUACGGAUUAAAUGAGGAACAACUAUGUUGGGAAAAGGUAGAAGAACUUCAUCACCGUGAAACAGAUACCGCUGAAGCUAUGCUGCAACUGAAACGUGGCAAAAAGGAUAGAAUGUUACUUGCCACGACGACAUACAGUUUUGUUGUAUGGGACUUUUAUAAUAUCAUACCAAGAGGCAACCAUAUAAAGGAUAAGAAGAAGGGUGAAGACAGGGAAAAGGAAGAAGAAGAGAUAAUAGACGCAGUCUCAGAAAAAGAUCUUCGAUUGGAAGGGAUAGUAUUAAAGUUGCCUCACACAAUCCGUAAUAUUUCGACUAAAUUGACGCUGUCCAACUCGUUCAUGAUCAGCAACAAUAACACUUACGCUGUAGCUGGAGUCAGGAAAAAUCUCUACGUGUGGAGCUUGGAAACAACACAACUGAUUAAGGUUUUGGACGCGCAUUUUGGAAGAAUUGUUCAACUAGAACCCUUAACGGUCGGUGCUUGGAACAACGUGAUUACCUCUUCUAUUGACCGUACUGUAAAGAUUUGGAAUAUAGAUAACAUUUUCGAGCAAGUACACAAAAUUGAUCGACAGGAACUACCCAUUGAUUCUAUAAGUCUGGCAAAAGACAAACAGCUUGCAGUGACAGUGACCCGUAGUUGCUGGGGCCUCUGGGACACCAGUACAGGCAGACUCCUGGCACAGCUGGCUGACGCUCCACUAGGAGCGAUUGUUACCCACGCUGUGAUAACACCCGCUGGUGAUAGUGUGAUAACUGCCGAGUCGGGUAAUGUUGUGAUUUGGGAUAUCGCAGAGAAACAGGUUGUUUUCAAAGAAGAACAAAAAGGUGUGAAGCAAGUGCUCCUUCUAGAAGAUGGCGCCAAAUUUAUCACUAUAUCAAUGCAAGUGCCAAUAGACAACAACGAUAACUUGGCUAUGGCUGUUAUUAUUGCCAGGACAAUUCCCGACGGUGAAAAAAUCUACACUGCGGAAUACGAGUUAAGAGGAACAGGUUACAGAGCUGCAGUGGUAUCAGCAGAUGAACACCACGUGGUAGCCCCUGGUGUGGACAAAUCUUCUAGAGAUUGUCUCCACGUGUUCCAUGCUAGAACUGGUGCCAGACUCCAUAGAAUUCCAGUAAAGAACAGUGGGAUCAAGGACAUGCAGUCAAUUGUAGCUCUUCCUCACAAACCACACUGGGUAGCCGUAGUUGGUAAUGACAAAGCCGGCAUUCUCGAUAUUAAAACUAAACGACAUGUCAGAUUCGUGCCACGCUGGAACGGUGCUUGCACUAGAGACGGUAAAAUAGGCCUUUGUGCGCCAUCACGUGGAGGCCUUGACCUGAUAGAACUAAAGAGGGGCACAUCAAUACAGCAACUGAUCUUCAGAGCGGCAGAGGGAGUGUUUUCUAUAAUAACCAUGUUCAGUUCUACUGACCAGUAUGUCUUCUAUUACCACAGCGGUAGAAAAACACUGAGAGUAUUCAGGACUGUAGACGGACGAGCUGUCGCCGAGUACAGAGCCCCAGCUGAAGUGACCGGGGUAGCGAGCGCGCACGGCGGCAAAGCGGUGGCUUUAGCUUCCCAAGAUGGAUGCCUCACUAUACUUAAUAUUGUAGAUCCACAUGAGUAG